AUGAACCCUCAGUCUCCUGGCGGCGUGGGCCCUUCGCGAAGUGGUACUUCGCUUGCUAUUCAAUCUGCGCAUGCAGCUUUAGCUGAGAAGGCGCGCGAGAACGCUCUCGUCCCCCACAUCCCAAAACGGACCAACGAGACGUCACCAGAACGUGGUCUUGUCCAAAGACCAAGCCCUCACAAACGAAUGCAAUCCCUCCAGCCGGGUAGCGUUAGAGAUCUAAGCUUAAUGAUUGAGGGGUCGAGAGAUCGAGACUCAGCCAACUCGACCCCUCGAGGUUCGCCUGAGAAAGAUAGGCACGCAAGACCGUCGACGCCGAUUCGUGGCAGGGACCACGACAGAGACAGAGACGUAGAGUUGACCUCAGCAGAGAAGGAGAACGCCGCCCCCGGCACACCAACUCCCGCGCCGUCAAUCAUGCCUUCUCUUGCUCGACCCUCUGCGAGGAAGCAACCGCAGAGCAUCCUUGGUGAAAAUACGCCACCGCAGUCUGCAACUAUGUUGGCAUUACAAAACAUGCCUUCAAUAUCAUCUCGCGAGGGUGAAUCACCCCUAGCAACCGUCACAAACAACUCUACACCAAUGAUGAAGCCACAGCUCUCUACCGAAUUCCUUUCGAGCCAGCUUCUGAACCUAACCAACAUCGCAACCGCUCUUCAGAAGGAAAUGUCUCAACUUAGUCGUCGGAGUAGAGAUAAUGCUACCGACUUGAUGAGCCUCAAGGAGGCCACGCAUGCUAGAGAUGAAGAUAUUCGAAAGAGUUUGCGUGAGUUAGUCACAAACUCGGACGGUAGCCGGUACCAUCGGGAUUCAUAUACGGGCGGUUUAUAUCUUGACAACAAGCCCUACAACAUGUCUCCUGGCUCGAAAAUAUCAAGACCGAUUUCCCUCCCAAGGAUUCCAUCGCCCAAUAGUUUUGCAGCGUCCAUCGACAGAGAAUCUACGCUUAGUACGCCGUCGCUCGUAGGUGGCGAAUCUCCUGCUACUAUGGCAUUGUUGGAGAAGAUCAUUAGAGACAUGGGAACGAAAGACGGUCAGGAUACGAUCGUAGGUCGUUUGUCUGAACUGGCUGACAGGCUGUCUGGUAUGGCCUCAGCCGGUAAAGUCGAAGAGCUGAUUCAUCACCUCAAAGUAGCCAGCGAACAUCCAAUGAGUCCCGGGGCCGGUAGUGGCUCGGAGAAGUCAAGGACUUUGAGCUUUAGUAGUGAUGACUCAGGAUCUAAAAUCAGUGGCGUGAUGAACCAGAGAGUUGAUAAACUGCUCAAUGGUAAAGAUGGCCGACGAUCUUCGACUACAGUGCGAGUAAACGAUGCAUUGAAUGACGAUGUCGCAAAGCUCAUCCGUUCUGUUAAAGAUAGCGUUGCCCAAGGAGGAGGCCUGACAGCUGAGGUGAAAGCUCUCGUUCGGGAACUUCGGGGCGAGGUUCUUGGAAUGGGAAGAGAACUCAGCAGAAAACUGGACGAAUCGCAUGGUAAGACUCCCAGCAAAAGCGAAACGGCAAGCCGAGCGGAGCUUGCCAGAAUCGUAGAAGAAGGCCUAGAGCAGAUACGGGUUUACAUGGCUCAGCGUCUCAGAGACCAUCGACGGGUAUCAUCCGAGUCAGACAAAUCAGCAAUCGAUUAUCAGGAAAUCUAUAACGCCCUGAGAACUGCUCUAAGUGACACGGAGGCGACGCGCUCCCACGACCCCCAAAUCAGCCGGGAUGAUGUUAUGGAAGCAGUUAAGGAUGCCUGGGAGAACUACAAACCUGAAAUAGAAAUCCAGCAAAUUGGGUUGGACCGGGAUGAAGUCCUCGAUUGCCUCAGAGAAGGGUUACAACAAUACACACCACAACAUGAGACACCUCCGAGUGCAACAAAAGAUGAAGUAUUCCAAGCAGUUGUUGAAGCGCUGAAGCACUUCGAGCCACCACAAGUAGACAUACCUGCUGGUCUUUCCCGAGAUGAUGUCUUCGAGGCAGUUAGAGAGUGCCUCGAGGACUUCGAAUUCCCGAUUGCUCCUUCGACCAAUGAUCUAACCCGUGACGAGGUUCUAGACGCUGUCAAGGAAGGUCUAAGUUCGAAUCAGAGCACGGCCCUUGUACCUCAUGGCGAGGAAAGCCCUGAUAUCAUGGAACGCCUCCACGACAUCAUGCAAUACAUGCGGGAUGAGUUCAAAGCUGUGUCUGAGGAAGCGAAGCAGAACGUCGCUGCAAAUGGAAGAGAUACCGAACAGCUCCUGGAUGCUACCAGAGAUGGCCUUGAUCAAUUACGGACUCAUAUGGAAGGCUAUGUCGACAAAGCUAUUGGCGCUUCUAAUCAGGAGGAACUCAUGGCAAAUCUCGAGACCGGAUUCGAACAGCUGCGUGAACACAUGGAAGAAUAUGUCGACAAAGCUUCCGGUGUUUCUGAUCAUGAAGAACUUAUGGCCAAUAUCGCAAAUGGCAUGGAGCAGCUACGUACACAAAUGGGGAGCGGCACCGACAAAGCCUCGAGUGUUCCCAGCGCCCCCGGCCAUGAAGAACUCCUAUCAGCGCUUGCUAGUAACUUUGAGCAGCUACGAACGCACAUGGAAGGCUAUGUUGAUAAGGCAUCCGGUGCUUCAAAUCAAGAGGAACUCAUGACGAAUGUUGUCAGCAGCUUCGAUAUAUUCCGAGAGGAGGUGGCCGAGCUUGUUGCAAAGGUUUCGGAUGGCUCUAGGGACUUGAUUAAACAGGAAAUCGAAUCUCUUCGGGAUACCGUUAACUCAUCUCUCGUCCCUCAUGUUCCACAAAUGAGCGAUAACAGGGACGUAAUGGAAGCUAUUCGAGAUAGUAUCGAAAGAAUACGUGGUGAACUCCUUCGCCCUCACGCAGGAACUACUGAUAUUCUCGAUGCUUUACACGAAGGGUUUAGCGACCUACGAAUAUGCAUUGAGAAGAUGAGUGACAAGCCGGCAGAUCUAACUGCCAAUGACGAAAUUCUUGACGCUCUUAGGUCAGGUCUAGAUGGCGUUCGGACGAAUAUCGAUUCCCUUCGCGAUAACAGCCAAGAAAAGGCCAUUACCACUGUAGGCGCUGUUCCAAGCGAUGCCCUCAUUCCUGCCGAUCUUGCCAAACAUGACGACAUAAAAAAUCUCGAAGUUAUGAUGACGCAGCUCAGGGUCAAGAUGGAAUCUUUGGAAGCACCCCCACCCCCGCCAGCGCCAGAGGGGUUAUCAAAAGAUGACCUGGCAGAGCUAGAAGAAAUGCUUAAGAAUGGUGUGUCCAAAGAGGAUUUAAACGAAAUAGAAGAAUUACUUCGAAGUAUGCAAGAAUCGAUGACCAGCAUGUCGAGUGUUAGGGACAUUGGAAAAGGCAGUGCAAUGGAUAUCGAGAAAGAACGGGAACCACCAAUUAACCUUGACGAUGCCGCUACAAAAGAAGAUGCGCAUGCGAUCGAAACAAUUCUUCGAAACACCAAGGCUCGUCUUGAUGAUUUAAUCGAUGGAGAUCAAGUAGUUAAGAAAGAUCAGGUCGAUACGCUGGAGGCUCUCGUGCUCGAGACGAAGGAUUCUCUAGCAACUGUAGCUGGGCAACUAGAUGCAGUUUCUAAAAAGGAGGAUCUCGUUUCAAUUGAAACUCUCGCAACCCAGAUAAAUGCUGCGCUAGAUGAGAUGAAAGAACGUGCUGAAAAGUCCCUCCAAGAUCCUGAGAAGGUCACCAAGACCCACGUUGCUGCGGUAGUGGCGACCCUUCUUGAACUCAAAUCGACUGUCGACGAGAUGAUCCAGCCCGGCAUUGCAGCGCUUCCCUCGAAAGACGACAUCAAGAACCUUGAAGAUACUAUCAAAGAGUCCAAUACAAAGGGCUUUGAACAGCAACAAGCAGAGACUGCCGGUGUUGGCGAACGAGUCUCCGAAGUCAAGGCCUUCUUAGAAGAGUUCCAAGGCUUGGUCAAGGAGAGACUACAGGCCGGUGGGAAUGCCAUCGAGUCUCUGGGUAAGAUCCUUGAGGGUCUCAGCGAAACGGUGCACAAGAAUGGCGACGUUGGUAGCAACCUAAAGGAGAUGUUCGACUUGGUGAAGUCCGAAUUCGAAGAAUCGAAGAACAGUAUGGUAGGUGCCAAGCUGGACACCGAUGAGAAGUUCAAGGAAACUACCCAAGUUCUUGGAAGUAAAUUCGACGAGAAGAUUGGCGAACUUGUGAUAAGAUAUGAUGAAUUUCAGCUCGUCAUGGAUGAUCGGACGAAGGCUUCGGAAUCAAGAGAUGGCGAGAUGAAGGCCGCUAUGAUCAAUACAAACACCGUCACGGAAGAACUCAAGGUUCUAAUUGAUACCCUCGGCUCAACUGUUACCGGCUCUCUCGAGAAAAUGGAAGAGGCAUCAAAAACAGUCUUUGACAAAGUCGAGACACUCUACGGCAAAACCGAAGAAAACCAUGUCGAAGAUAAGGCAGAACACCAAAUAACCCGGGAUCAUAUCCAGCAAGCUAUCAGUGCUGUCGAAGGCCUCCGGGGUCAUGUAGGUGAUUAUCAGCCAAAGAUUCUCGAUUCGAUCAAGGAAGUGCUCCUCACUAUUGGACAACAUUAUGAGCAUUCUAAGAAUUCAGAGACUGGCAUCCUACAAAAGAUCGAAGAUGCUAAACCCGAGAAAUAUGACGAUGGCGUAGUACAGUCGAAGCUUGCCAAGUUAGACAGCGACAUACAUUCUAUGCGAGAAACUCUGGACAACGAGAUGCACACCAAGUUGGAUAAGCUAGUUGAUCACACGCAGACUGCCGAUAAAGCGUAUGCCCAGCUCGAUACUCUCGAUAAAGUGCAUCAGCAGGUUGUGAAGACAGCUGCUGACAUCUCAGAGUUUCUUUCGUCUCAAAAGCAGCGCGUCGAAGACGAGAAUGAAGAGCGUGCAAAGACACUUCAAGUAACGACUAUGCAAUUAGAGAGGCAGAGAGCUGAGCAGGACCAGGUCGAAACCAAUUUAGCAUACUUACGAGACGAAGAGGCCCAGCUCCGUGAAUCAAUUCUUGCCCUAAGAGCUGAGCAAGACACCCUGGUCCGUCAAAAGACUCGAUUGACAGCGGAUGUUUCUUCCCUUGAGACUGCUCUGCAUCUUCGUCGCGAGGAGCUUCAAAUAAUGGAUGCCCGGGCUGAAGGUCUGGAGCGCAGGAUACUCGAGGGUGUUUUAGACCAUUCUCGUGCCUUACUUAUGACGAAAUCCGGGUUUAAAGGCCGCGAGGCUAUGAGCCGCAAGCGUGUCCCUGGUGCUCGGUCAAGUUUAGAGCCUAACGAUGACUCGAACUCCAACUCAAAGCAGUCUAAGCCACGUUCAGCAGUUAAUAUAGCAGUUAAUGGUGGUAGAGCAAGCCUUAUCCCGCAGAACCCGACCAACACUGGCCGCCGAAUUCUGAGCCUCAGCCAAAUCACUAACAACGUCCCUCCUGGUGGCAUUAAGCGUAGCCAGAGCGUUCGUACCCCGGCUGGUGCGGCGUUACGGAAGAGCAGCUGGGCGCCAGGGAAAAAUGGAAAUGGUAAAGGCUACGGCGACCUGAGCGUAAACAAAGAGAAUGUCGAUGCAGUGCGCGAGAGUGACGAGGAAGCACGUGAGGAUUCGCCUCUGUCUGAGCCAGAACCCGAAACACCGAUACCCAUGGAAGACGAAACUGUAGCCAUUGCUACCGACGAGGACACUGUAGAUGACGAAGACAACGAAGAUGCUACUGAAAUACCACUUGAGGUUGAAGAAGAAGAUAUAGAUGAAGUAAACGAGACAGGGAGCGAGGCUGGAAGAACCGUCACUACAGACGCGGAGGCGGAGGGUGGAUAUAACAGUGAAGACCAAGAAGGGUCUCAAAGUGAGUGGACCGAAACUGCCUUAGGCCCGGACAGCGUCUCAUUGGAAAGUAUAGAUGACGCCGAUAGCAUCACAGGCGAAGGCGGUAUUGUCAUGUGCAGCACAUGA